AUGGAGGACACCAACUUAAGCUUUAAGAUCGUCAUUAUUGGGGAUAGUGGGGUGGGCAAGUCCAACAUGAUGACGCGCUACACCACCAACGAGUUCAGCCAGGACACGCCCGCGACGAUCGGGGUGGAGUUCAUGACCAAAAGCAUUAAGAUGGAAGGCCGGGACGCGAAGGUGCAGAUCUGGGAUACGGCUGGCCAAGAACGGUUUCGGGCCAUCUCGCGCUCCAUCUACCACGGCGCGAAAGGCGCGAUGCUGGUCUAUGACAUCACCAACCAGUCUUCCUUCGACUCCAUCCCGACUUGGCUGCGGGAGCUCCGCGUGUUCGUCCCGACAACGUGCUGUAUCUUUCUAAUCGGGAACAAGUGCGAUUUGGAACACCUGCGGGUGGUGAAGAAGGAGGUCGCGGAUCGCUUCGCGCAGGAGAACGGGCUCAGCUUUCUCGAAACCUCCGCGUUGGAGAAGACGAACGUGGAUAAGGCGUUUGAGUGGUUGGCGAAAUCGGUGUAUGAUGUGGUGGUAGCGCCUGCCGCACAGGAACAACCGCCGCGGCCGAAUAUCAACCCCAGCUCGCGAACGAUUAAUUUGAAUAAAAGCCAGCCUUCGGAAAAGCCUGGCAAAGGGUGCUGCUAA